UCGUUGUGAAUCUCUCUCUCUCUCGAGCGAUUAUGGGAGAGAUCAACGAUGAUGACUGGAGAAACGGCCUCGACAUCUCCGGGCUUAGUCUGAUGGACGAGGACGAUAGCCUCCUCCUCCUCUUCCCCGAUCCCACCUCAGGUACUGAUAAGGAAGACAGAGGAGGACUUGAUUGGUUUGGGGAAGAUGAAUCGAGUGAGCUUCACAAGUAUAACCUGAGAAAGAGUCUUGCUUGGGACAAAGCUUUUUUCACCAAUGCAGGUGUUCUGGAGCCUGAUGAACUGUGUCAUAUGAUUGAAAGCAAUCAUGUGGAUGAGAAGAAAGUUUUGGCGGCUAUUCAAGAGGAUGUGAAGAGAUCAACGGAGUCCAUAUCUACGUUGAAGAGUGACUGUACUGUGGAGACGAGUGAGGGUUGUGUUUUGUUUGAGGAUGUAAGAGCGUCAAUCCAAAGGUCUUCUGAUGCUGCUGCUACACCUGACAAGAGUAAGGAACUGGGAGAAAGAGAUGAUGCAGUACAUAGCCCAACUCCAAGUACACUAGGCGACCCUGACUCUAACGAAAAGGUGAAACCCAAUGCUAUUCGUAAAAGGCCAAGUAUUAGGGCACAAGGACUAGGGAAGGUGACAAAGCAGGCUCUUGCUGGAAAAGAGCACAAUACAUCAUCCAUUUCUAGGCCAUCCACUGGACUCAGCAGAAGUGUAAGAGCUUCGGUAGAUGUCAACAAAACCAAACAAGGUGAAUCGCCUGUGUCUCCCAGAGUUACAAUCUCAAGGAGGGUUAGACCCAUUGUAUCAAAACCUGGACCGCCUUCCAAAUCUGCUUUAAGGUCCUCCAAGAAUGAAUUGACAUCUUCCUGCUCUUCACUUGAGAGCUGUAUCAGUGCUUCCUCAAGCGCUCCUAAAAAAUCUCCGCUAGAGUCGGCAAACCAGAAGAAAUCUCAGAGUUCAAGAACAGCUUUCCAUUCUAUGGCGAACGGUUCCACAUCCAGAGCUGCGUCUAGAGUUUCACCCCUCUCAGCUAGUAGCACAUUCAAGUCCAGGCUUCCAUGUAAUGCAUCUUUUCUUAGUGCUUCUGUCGACUGGUCUUUUAACUCGCCGAGAGCUUCUACACCUAAUAAAAUGGCUAAAGGUAAGAAUCAACAUGGUUCCAUGACGAAACCAACAGGACUCCGUGUGCCAUCACCAAAACUAGGCUACUUUGAUGGAGGGUGGAGCAGCGUUGCAAGAACACCCACAGGAUCCUGUACUGGUGGCUCAGCAAAACAUGGAGCUCGUUGUCUGAAUGAACCAACAGCUUCAAGUAGGACCAAGUCUCGUCUUGUACAAGAAUCCACAAAUUCUAAAACAAAGGCCAGGCCUGUUUCAAGGAGCUCCAGGCUGAUUGUGCCAGCUUCUGCGUCUUCACCAAAGGUUACCAGCAAAACUUAUUCAAAGGUCAGUGCAGAGGAACGACUCAACGGCGAUGCGGUGGAAGAUAAUCUAGCACAGUGAUGAAAGCCAAGUCACCUGCAACCUUAUUAUAUUAUCAUCUAAGGCUGGCUAUUAGGUUAAAGACCAGAUCGACAAGUGCAGUGUCAUGUGUAUAGUAUAGCUUUGAUUUGCACUUGCUGUCUCUGGUUCAUAAACAUAGCUUUAUUAUAAUUAUUAUGUUGUUGUUUUCUAAGUAUGUUUUUGAACCGGAAACAACAAAGUUCAGCUUUCAUAAAAGUUGAUCAGAGUUUCA